AUGGAUCGCUGUGUGAAUUGUGGCAUAGCGACUAGUCGCUGUAAUACACUAGGUGGGCGAUCCCUUGAUAAUGAAACGACACUGGCAGUGAUUCGUCAAUGGCGUGCACCACAUCCUGUAAACAGCAGUGACCAUGUUUGCCAAGCUUGCUGGGAUUUGGCUCAACAACCAUCUGUUGAUAAACAACGACAACUUGGCCACCAUAAUGUUUGUCUCCGUUGUGGUCGUUCUCUUGCAUCACGAGUCAGCCAUCUACUUAACACAGGUUCCGCUCGUGAAUUGAGAAUUUAUAAUGUUAUACAAGAGAGGAUUAUGCCUCGAAAUGUAGAAGAAGCAAGUCGCAUAUGCCACAAGUGUUGGGUGGCUGCAGACAGAGCUGCUAUCCAUAUGGUGACAGGCCCAUCAACUUCUUUCCAAGGAUGUUCCCUAGAAGAUGUGCAGCCACAGGUACAAGAUCUUCCUACUGAAACUUCAAAUGAAGAAUUUGGAAAUAAACAAACCGAACCUACCAUUGUAUUACCUGAUUAUAUGAGAGCUAUUGAAACAGAAAGAAGGUGCUUUAUUAAAGGAUGCCAGAAAUCAGAGAGGUACAGAGUUCCACUUUCUACAAGAAAAAUGUUGCUCAGUCAAUAUAAAUAUUAUAUACCUGAAAAUAAUCGUCUGUGUGACCGACAUUUAGUCAUUGAAGCUGGGGAUAUUCUAGACAGUUUGAGAACUAAUUAUGUACAGACUUUUACUGCUAAACAUAUACAGGACAUGAUGUCCUUAAAAUAA